AUGCAGGACAAUAAUUUGCGUGCGGUGCAGCAGGUCCGCUUGCACUGCACCGAGGGGUCGGUAGAAUGGAUAUACCCCAGCCGCGCCUUACGGGUGGUCCUGGAACCCAUCCUUGCCCGGGCGCAGCGCACCACUCUCUGCAUCAAACCGUUCCGUGGCUUUCGAGGAGCUAGCCUGUUCAUUGAGCGCACUGGGGAGUUGGACUUGUUGAUGGCUGACGGCGAGCGGUUGGAACGCGUGCACUGUUUUCGCGCAGGGGGACGUCAGAAAUCUGCUCUUUUCAUUCAGGCUAACCCGCAAGAAGACAUCAGCCGUCGGAUAGUGGGCUUCCACUACGAGUUCCCCAGAAAAUGGAGUUCAGCCGGGAGGCUCCGUAGGCCCCUGCAAGCUGCCUGCCAACCAUGCAACAACACAGAACUUCUGCUGGCCGUCUGUAACAGUGAUUUUGUCAUCCGUGGCUCGAUCUGGAACGUAACCCACGAUGCCGAGCGACAGACGUCCGUGGUGGAGGUGCGGGGCAGCCGGAUGUAUCGUCAGCGAAGUGGGGUGUUUGAGCGGGAGGCGGGCGCCCGGGUGCACAACUGGCGCGGGCACAUCCGCACCUUGCUGGCAUGCCACGUGAGGCCAGGGGAAGGCCUGUUCCUCUUCACUGGCGCUGAGCACUUUGGCGAGGCCUGGCUCGGCUGUGCCCCCCGCUUUAAGGACUUCCUCACCCUGUACCUGAGGGCCAAGCGGGAGCAGCAGAACCCGUGUGACUUCCCCUUGGACUAA